GAGAAGUAUAGACAAUCCUUUCAAACUAGGGAUAUGUUUACGUUAUGGGGCAUUUUGCAGCUUUUAAGGGUGUAUCCCGGUAGAUUGCCUGACUUGGAACUCAUGUUUAACUGUGGUGAUCAGCCCGUCAUCCCAUCAAAGGACUUUAGGGGCCCGAAUGCUAGCCCACCACCGUUGUUUCGAUACUGCUCGGAUGAGGGGAGCUUGGAUAUUGUGUUCCCAGAUUGGUCUUUUUGGGGCUGGGUUGAGACCAAUAUAAAACCAUGGAGAAGUCUAUUGCAAAGCAUAAAAGAAGGCAAUAAAAGAACAAAGUGGGAAGACAGGGUGCCCUAUGCUUACUGGAAAGGUAACUCAAAUGUGGCUCGAACCAGAAUAGACCUUCUCAAAUGCAAUGUCUCAGACAAAAAUGACUGGAACACACGCCUAUAUAUUCAGAAUUGGGUGCAAGAAUCUAAACAAGGGUACAAGGAUUCAAACCUAGAAAACCAGUGCAAGCACAGGUACAAAAUUUAUAUAGAAGGACGGGCAUGGUCUGUAAGUGAAAAAUACAUCAUGGCAUGUGAUUCUAUGACCUUGUAUGUAAGGCCUCGCUAUCACGAUUUCUUCAUUAGAGGCAUGGAGCCAUUGCAGCACUUUUGGCCUAUUAGGGACAACAGCAAGUGCACUUCUCUCAAGUUUGCUGUGGAAUGGGGCAAUAAUCACAAAGACAAGGCGAAGGCGAUUGGGGAGGCUGCGAGCAACUUCAUACAAGAAGAUCUAAAGAUGGACUAUGUGUAUGAUUACAUGUUUCAUGUGCUAAAUGAAUAUGCAAAGCUCUUGAAAUUCAAACCAACUAUACCUCCCAAUGCAAUGGAACUGUGCUCAGAAAAAAUGGCAUGCCCUGCAACUGGUACAUGUAAGAAGUUCAUGGUAGAGUCUAUGGUGGGGUCUCCAAGUGAUGAACUCCCAUGCACUCUGCCUCCUCCGUAUGAUCCUCUGGCUCUCCACGAUUUUCUUGAGAGAAAGGCUAACUCAACUAGGCAAGUGGAAGCUUGGGAAAAUGAGUAUUGGCAAAGACGAUCACAGACUGGGUCUUGA